AUUUUUACCAGUAUGUACCAGAUGCUGUUUGGUAUAAAAUACGUCGUGAACACAUCAUAUUGUGUGAAUUCAUGGAAAAAGUUAACGAUCAAAUAUCAACAAUUGUACUUCUAUCAUCACUUAACAAUAUGUAUUUCAUUUGUAAUAAUUUAUUAAAUAUAUUCACGAAACUUCGUUAUCAGAUUAACUAUGUUUACUUUUGGUUUUCCUUGAUAUUUCUUUUAAGUCGCACCAUUUGUGUUUUUAUGUUUGCUUCGAAAAUUCAUGAAGCCUCAGUGUUACCUUUGCAGACUUUAUAUCUGGUUCCCACUGGCUGUUGGACCGAAGAGGUCCAACGUUUUAGGGCACAAAUAUUAAAUGAGUUUAUCGGUUUGACAGGCAAACGUUUUUAUGGAAUGACACGAAAAAAUUUAUUUGGGAUGAUGGCUACCAUUAUAACAUAUGAAUUAAUGCUUUUGCAGUUGGAUAAUAAAAAUAAAGAAAAUUCUUUACCCGAAUUAUGCACUUGAAUAAAUAUAAAAUAUGGAUUUAAUUCUAGCUUUUUUCUCAGAGAGAAAAAUUCGA